GCUAACACAGAAUCCUCCAUCCUUCACAUUAUCUGAGCCCAAGCCAGCUUUGUUAAGAUCUACAAGUGAUGAGGGUCCUUUGCGUAAGCUAGCACCAACUGAAGACUUUAAGCGUCAGAGCUUGAUGGAGCCACUUACUGUUCCCCUAACAGAACCAUUGCUUCAAACAACUCCUCAGACUCCAGAGGCCGACAUUUUAGGGAUCAACUCUACAGAUGAACCUAUACCUGAUAACAGGGACCUAAUAAUCUAUCAGCUGCGAGCGGAAAUUGCUGAACUAAAGCUGGCCUUAGAACGUCAAAAAAAUGAUGCAAAGGCUAUUGAGGACUCUCUACGUUCAGAAAUAGGGAGGCUCAGAGAUGAACUGAAUGAGUACAAGACGAUUGCAGAAAAAGCCUGUGAGGAGAAUGUUUUGUUAAGGAAAGACCUUGAGAGUAAAGAGGAUGACAAGAAAGACCAGAAAGGCCCAGCUGAAGAGAAAUUUAACAAGCUUAAAGGAAUGUAUGGGAAACUGCGAGAAGAACACAUACAGCUUUUAAGAACUAAUGCUGAAGUGAAGCAAAAACUGGGUGCAUCUGAAAAGGAAAAGGAGGAAUUGAGUCAAGCAAAUGAAAGACUACAACAGGAAGUGGAUGAUAAGUCAACAGAACUUCUUCAAGUGUUUCAAAAAGCUGAAAUGGCUGAGCAGGACGGGAAGAGAGCUGGAGACGAGAUCGAAAGACUGACAAAGGAGCGUGAUGAAAAGAUUUCAUCUCUAAUGGCGGAGGUCAAAGCCUUGAAACAGGAAAAAGGUGAUGCGGAAGAAGCAAGGAAAGUGGCUGAAGAACAGAUAGAAAAAAUGAAAAAAGAUCAUGAAGAAAAGGUUUUCAUUUUUGUUUCUACUUUUUGUUGCUGUUGUAGGUGAUUUCUUUGUCCUGGUAGAAUGACCAACAUCAUAAACUUAAUGAAUCAAUUUUUCUCGGGAAAACAGUUUUGUUUUCCUGAGAACCUCGAGGUUUCCCGAGACGAAUUUCUAUGUUGCUGGAUUUUAGUGUAAACUUAUUAGGCAAGAAUAAUUUCUCCCAAACUAACCUCUGGUUAAUAGACCUGUUCGUGGGAUAGUGGGUGCCAGUUACUUUACCUGCUGCCUGCCAGGCGACAUUUAGAAUUUUCUGUAGUUUGAGAUUCUUCAAACUUAAAACUGAUGGACAUCCAAUAAAAACAGAAACCUCACCGAAAAGUUACAAAACUGAAAUCA